AUGCAAUUUAAAAGUGAGAGAAGAGUUGGAAUUUACGAAGGUAGUGGAAUUCUUCAAAAUAUUAUACAACUUGAAAGCAUUAUCCGAUAUGAAAGUGAUGCUUUGAGUGAUGACACCAAACUUCGCAAAGAAGUGAAAAAGUUUAUGGAAAUAAUUGUAGACUUGUUGAAAGACGGAGUGGAGGUUGAUGACUCAUUGGCCAAUGAUAUUCCUUUCUCUUAUUAUAAUGUUUGA